AAAUGACAAAAAAGUAAACUUAUCAGUUAGUUUUUAUUUAGGGGGUACACAUAAAAUCUGAAAGAGUGAGAGGGCUGAGCCACCAGAAAUUAGAGUUAUGGUCAUUGUUUGAGAAACCCACUCUUGAGUAGCGCACGACUUGGAGAAAAGGCGGUCGGAUUUGUAUAAGACCCUUUCUUAACUCUGUUUCGCCCCAGCUUGGGAAGCAGUACACCCCACCAAAUACCAUGGCAUCUUUCAUUUGCAUCUCCUUAUCCCCUCCGUCCAUAACCCUAGCGCCGCCCUCAACCACCUCCACCUCUUCUUCUUACACUUCCACGGGUGUCAUUUGCAGAUACCCCCUCGCCUUUAGAGUCUCUAAUGGCCAUCAACGGAGCAGGAGAAAGACACGUCAUGUGGUUUGUAUGGCUCCCGAGGAAGAGAAAUUGACUCGCCGCAAUCCCCUCGAUUUCCCCAUUGAGUGGGAGAGGCCUAAACCCGGGCGUAGACCUGAUAUAUUUCCUCAAUUUAGCCCUAUGAAGACACCAUUACCACCACCAAUGCCAUACGAUCCUCCGGAAGAAGAUGAAGAAGAGGAAGAAAAGAAAGAGGAAGAGGAGGAAGAUCCUGAAAAGGAAGAAGAACCCGAGAAUCCUGACAAACAAUAGUUAGAAUGUGCUUGGUUGUGAACCUGAAAAUACUUGUCUGCCUCACUUUUUUUGUAGUAAUGAGUUUCAAUGGUGGUUCCAACUUGCUUAUUUGCUUAGCAUAUUUGAGUGGAUGCAAGAGUCAUCCAUUUUUGGAGUAUCUUCCUCAGGCUAAUAUAGGCUAAGUUAGGUCGUCUAAGUUCCUAUUUUCGGAGCAUAAUAAGUUACAAGUCUUUCCGAAAUGGAAUAUACUAGUUUCUUUUGGCUACUCUGUUCUUAGCUGCUGUUUUCUUGUUCAUUUGUUCUGAAAAAUCCAGAGUGCAAUAUAAGGGUUAGGACUUCAUGGUUUGAUUGUUGGUUAUCUUGAUGAGAGGAUGAGCGGAUUUGGAUUCUCAUCGUGGAGCUACUUCUAUUGCAUCUAUGACUUGAAUCUUUGAUAUCCUCUUGUAUUAGCUCUCCUUAACCCUCAUCUUAUGAUUUAAGUCUUCUCUUGCAAGAUCCACAAGAGGAAUAAACAGAGAUGAUCUUUGCUCACAGCCCGAUCCCCAGAACAGAAUUGCUUCAUAACUAUUUAUCAAACUUCCGGGUCCCCUUCUAAAGUUCAUACAUUUUGUUUUUUUAAAAGAACAUUUUUUGUAGUUGGAAUUUGAUGAAAAUGACAAGGAUCAUCACAGUGAGCAGCAGCAUUUAGCUUCAUCUUCUCUCAAAAGGCAUCAUGGAUGGGGUGUCUGCGCUUCUGAACAUAUAAUCACAAUGAAGAAAUACAAUAUGAUUGGAUUUUAUGCUAAACAUGCCCAAAUUACAUAACUAUAGACAUGAUUAGCUAGAACUUUUAGAGGGAAAAAGGAACACAUAUCUCUAGUUAGCUUCUAUCAUGGAUAUAUGGACGAUAUUUGCCGAAAGAUUGCCUGAUUCAGUAUCAGGAAAUGUUACCCUUGUUUCAGUUUUAGUAGCAUAUGCAGGUUCUUUUGGUUCUUGUAGAAAUUUAGGCCCAAAAUAUAGUAAAUGUUAUGUCAUAAACUUUUUCGUUUAUAUUACUAUGUGCCAACUCACGCUGUUUGUAUCAUGGACUCGAUUGUGACGAAAUAUUCUUGGCAUUCCAAAAUCUGAUAUUUAGGGUUCACAUCAUCAUCAUCAAGAAAAAUAUUACUAGUUUUCCAGUCUGUAUAUUACUCAUAAUCUAGAAUAUAUAUAUAUAUAUUGUAAACGUGAAAUGUGGCAGUUAGUGGAAGAGAAAGAAUCAAUGAAAUUAGAUGGAAGGCUUGGAAAACAGGAAGAAAAUCUACGUAGUAAAGGCAUUUUCUCCUCUUCUUGCAUUGUAUUUAACAACCCAGAAAUCUAACUUGGUUCAUAUUCAAAUUUUCAAUAGUUGACUGUUAGAGUUGAUUGAGAAUGGUACCCCGAUAGCAUUGAACAAGAAAAUAAUGUAUAGUACUGAACCAAACUGUUAAACCCAUGAUUCCCAAAUGGCCAGGGAGGGAGGAAGUCGCUUGUACUAAUAGGCAAUCAAAAGAAUAUAUAUUUCACAAGUACAGUAGAACGGUUUGACCCCUCGGUUUUCUCUAGCUACCAGUUCCCAAUUUUUUUCAUAGUUCCUGGUAACUACAAGGAAGGUUAGGUCUGAAUGUCAGCUGGUUCCUAAGAUUGGCAGUUAAAGAACCCAAACCCAAUGGCCCAAACUUUCUUUGACUACCUGUUUCAAGUUCCCAUUUCCGGCAUUCUUUCAGGCUCUCCAAACUCCACAGUAACCCAUGUCUCUGACGCCCCUUUUGUUUCGGUCUCUAUUGCGGCUAUUGAUGUCGUUACUCACCGAGCCUGCAGCUUCUGUCGCAACCUUGCUAUAUUACAGUGAUAAUCUGCCUCAGAACAUCAUCUGGGAAAGACUGGUUCGACAUGAAAUGUUAGACCAAGAAAAUUACUUGUUCCAUUUCCUCAUCAACUUCUUGAGAUGUUUUUGCUAGACUAUGAUUACCACCACACCACUACUUCUCAAGCAGAAAGGCAAGAUUUCAAGUGCCUCAUCUCCGUUUCAUGGAUAGCUGUAAUUGUUUGUUCAUUUUGGUGAUUGAGUAAUUUUAUUUUCUCUAAAAGAAAAUAUUGUAUACUAAUGAGUAAUGACACCUUCGAUUCAAGCAUUUCGAAGCAAUUUUGUAUCAGGAAAUAAAGUCUAUAGAGAUGUGUAUGACUGAAACUUUUGAUUAGGGACUGUGCAGGGCUUUGCUUUAGUAAUUUUUGUUUUUGUUAUUAUAUUCUUAAAAGUUUUACUUC